CAUCUUGACAAGAAUGAGGGAGGUAGCCGCUGGUUGGAAUUUCAGUUCCCUGAAGUGUGAAAUAGAGACGAUUUAUGCUUGGAAAUGUGUUACAUAUACCUUUGAAACAGGUGUUAGUAUUGAAUCAUUUUAAGUUCGUAAGUCAAGAGGGGAGAGGAGACUUGUUCCGCAGGAUGUCUUACAUACUUGUCCCAACGUAAAGGAGUGUUGUAGCUAGCUAGCUAGCUCGUUGAGUGGAAAGGUACGGGCCCGCUUCACAGUCGGACUAAAGUAGCUCCCGCAGCUGGGGAACUCUAUCUGCGACAACCGCCAUCUGACAACUACGGAGUCGGGACAUUACUUUACUGGGCAGGCCGGUACGGACGGAUCAAAGCUUUGGAUCAGUUAUUGAAUUACUACUUCUAUUGGCAAACGCUGGACUUGGAAAGGUUGGGCUUCAAUGUUAUGAAGUCGUAAAAUGCAACAGGAGACGAGAGGAGGAAGGAACAAGGAUGAGUCAUACUCCUCUUGAUAAUAGUUUUAAAAAACUUACAUCGAUGCAAAUACGCUGUUUCAGAUAGUCAGCUGAUAUUAGCUAACUCACUUGCUUUUAACGCGAGACAUUUAGACGGGAGUUGUGAACGCAGGCUCUCAAAAUGUCUAAAAUGCCGGCUAAAAAGAAAAGCUGUUUUCAGAUCACAAGUGUGACACAGGCUCAAGUUGCGGCCAGCAGUGCCACGGACGACACGGAGAGCCUGGACGACCCAGACGAAUCACGGACUGAAGACGUGUCGUCGGAAAUAUUCGAUGUGUCCCGGGCCGACUUCGAGCCGGAGGUAUGUGAUCGAAGUUCGUCUGAGGAAACCCUAAACCAUGUAGGGGAGCAAGAGGCACCUGGCGUUAUGGCCCCGCCGCGUAGUGUACCUAAAGUUGGGCAGAUACCUGCAAUGUCGGGGCCUUCAAAUGGAGGUUUUGCUAUUCGAAAGGUAGGAGUGGCAGGCUCGCCUCAUGUUAGCCAGCAAACUCUGGGAAGUGGUCCGUCAAGCGGCCUCCCUAUUGCUCUGUCCGGGCUCAUGCCACAGCCUGCCCCAGCGGCCAGUGGGGGGGCUACAACGGUGUCAGUGAGCACAUCCCAGCCAGUAGUACCUAGUUUAACCCCUACUUCUGCUAUAUCGUCGACAGCAAGUUGCAGUUCACGUUUCAGGGUCAUCAAACUUGAUCAUGGUACUGGAGAGCCCUUCAGAAGGGGCCGAUGGACUUGCACAGAGUUCUAUGAGAAAGACUCAGAGGGUAACACAGUGGUCAACAGGACUACGGAUAACAUUAGGCAUGUCAAUGCGUUUGACCCCAGCGCUGACAGGGACAGCGGGCUGGGGUUGACGGGUGGUACGGUGGUCGCCCCGUUGACUCUCUCCGGCCAGGGCCUAGACUCCAUAGUGGACGCUGCUGCACUUAAUGCCUUGUACGUUCACCCAGUGGACACACUGCAACAGCAUCAGCAGCAGCUCCACCACCAAAACUACAACAUGGGGCAGCCUGGAACAGCCACACCCAAUGCUUUCCCCACCAACAAACCCAUGGCUGUCCCAACUCAGCAGCCAACGCUGAGUACUAUCCAACCCGCUGCCCCCCAGAAUCUCCUUCCUGUGGGGCUCAACGGUCUGCCUCAAACUGGCAUCCACAUACAGAAAUCCCCUAGCAUGCCCCCUGCAGCCCAGACCCAGCCGCUGGCCUACCCCCCCCAGCAGCAGCCGGCCAUGUUACAGCAGCUUCCACUGGGACACCACCUACCCAACCAGCCCCCAGGCCUGCCCCAGAACCAGGUGGACUACUACCAACACCAACAGAACCAGCCUGGCAUGCAGGCAGUGGCCUCGGCUGGCCAGACCCUCUAUGUGGGACAGACUGUGGGUCAGGGCCCGUCGCUGGUCAUGACUCCCACCACCGGGGCUCCGAUGCUGGGGCAGGUAGGGGAGAUGGCGGCAGCGGGGGGAGGAGGUUCUUUACCUGUCAGCCAGCCAGCUUCAAGCCUGAUGGGGGGAGGUGUCGGGUCAUCCAUGCUACUGGGCGGAGGCUCUACUCUGCAGCAGCUUGUGGGUCAGUACGCCCCCACGGUUAUUCCUCAACCCUUUGGCCUCCAUCCUUCGCCUCCCGGCGCACAAAACGUGCCUACCGCCAUCAUAGCAGUGAGCACCGGCAUCACUGGCGUGCCCACCGCCGUGCACAGUGCCUCCUGCGCCACCACCGCAGCAGCCCCCACCGCCAUGCCAAACCUGACUGCCUCCUUGUUGCCCGGGCAACAGGCUCCCAUGGCCCGCGAUGGCAGGGGGGCGCAGGGCCUCCCGGCGGCCGUGUUCAGCCAAGUGGAGGAGGGCGGUAGGAAGGCAGAGGGCCUCGCAGCAGCCCAGCAUCCCACCUUCUCUGAGAAAAACCUGAUGAAGAUCCCUGAGAGCCUGCAUCUGGCCGACAACCCCUCUGUGAACAGCCUGUUUGGAAUACCCAUACAAAUAGACGAGGACAGGAACCCCUCCAUGGCGUUCUACCAGGCCUUCCAGUCUGGCAGCAGGCUGCGGGACUCUAAGGCCCACAGUGAUAGUGCCUCUGGAGCCAGUGUUGUUGCCAUUGACAAUAAAAUCGAACAGGCUAUGGACUUGGUGAAAAGCCAUCUGAUGUAUGCGGUGCGUGAGGAGGUGGAGGUGCUGAAGGAGCAGAUCAAGGAGCUGUUUGAGAGGAACUCUAUGCUGGAGCAGGAGAACGCUGUGCUGAAAUCCCUGGCCAACAGCGACCAGCUGUCUGAGCUCUCCGUCCGGCCGGCCGCCACAAACUCUUCCUGCAGCACGCCUCCCCAGCAAGGGGUGGGCCAAGGCCAGCUGCAACUACAGCUACAGGCUCCACCACAGGCCCAGGCCCAGCCUCAAACGCAGCAGCCUCAACUCCAGCCCCAGCAACUCCAACCCCAGCCUCAGCCUCAACAACUCCAGCCCCAGCAACCCCAGCUCGACGCCAGCCAGCCUUCGCCGCAACCGCAGCCCAACGUUAACUCCGCUUGAAGUACAUCCUCCCCCUCUCUCCGCUACAGGAGGGGGAGGGGAAAAAGUAGAAAAGCACCCUCCAAUUAUUCUAAAUUAGCAUACGAAGCAAAAAAUUAAAUAAUAUUGUCUUGUUCUCCACCAGCUUGACCACCACAACCAAGAGCAGUGCUUCAGUGUCUGUGUGCGUACUGUAUGCCUGUUGUUUGGCCUUCCCAGUGUUAAUGCAAUCAUCGCGCAAGGGGGGGGGCUUUUCUUAUGGGGUGCCAUGCUGGAGCAUGGACUGGUUGAGUGCUGUCAGACCCUGUGGACCAGACCCCCACCCACAAAGGAGUGGUGCAGCUCACAUGAGAGGAUGAAUCAGAGCAUCCAAGAGAUUUUUUUUUUUGUAAGAGAUUUAUUUUUAGCCUUGCUGUUUCAUGUUGUAAGUAAGAAGCGGGGGAGAGAUCUAUUUUCGGAGCCGCGCCAAUCCAUGCAUCAGUCUAAAGUUCUACGGUUAGUGUUUAUUUAUUACGGGGCUGCUAUUUUCAUGAAAGGAACGUCACAAAAAACAAAAAAAGUUUUUUCUUUUUUUUUUGUCAUCAGUGUUUAAAAUAAUUGGCCGUACACCCAAUGGGUUGUGUAUUACAUUAACCAGUUGAAUAUGUAGGCAAUAAUAAAGAAACUGACAUAUACGUGUAACACUAAACAGGCAGUUUUACAAUGGAAUUGUUUAUCCGCACCAGUCAAGAUCCAGUUUGAAUGUACAUUUUGUAUAGUGUAAAGUAUUAAGAACAUAGCAAAGUUUGUACAGGUGAAAACCAAGUCUUCUGACAGGAAAUCUGAACGUGAAUCUGCGGUAGGCUAUUUAGACAAACUUCCAAUCCAAUUGCUAGUUUCUGUCUCCAAAAUGGAAAGUGUAUUGUCAUACCCUCAUGUCUUCUUGUACAUGUGUUUUCGGGGUGGGGGGAAAAAAGCUGUGAAAUCGUUCAUACCUACUUUGUAACCAAAGAUGCAAAGCUGUAAUUCAAUAAUUAUUUUGUAAUGCACACUUCUGUAAUUUUUUUUCUCUUACUUUCACAACAAAAUAUUUUUGUUGCUGUUUAGCAUGUUCUGCAUGAUCUGUAAUCUUCAAACCACUUUCUUACCUCAUAUUUUUAUUCAGCACUCUUAUUGCAAGAUAGUAGUCUGUGAACAAUGUAAGUGGAGACAGAGCUAGGGUUUUGGUAGUGCGAUACAAACAAGUGUUACGGGCAGUAGCUACAGAAAAUGAAGUGAGCCAUGUUUUGUUCAUUUAAAUGGUGUUUGAAUUUCAUAUGCCAAUAGUUUUGUUACAUUGCAAAUUUAAUGUAUUUAAAUAAAUGCAAUAUUCAGAAUU